UAUAAAACGAGACGGAUGAGUGAGCUGCAGUCUUACCAAGCAUUCCAGACGUUUGAUCGGUGGUGCAGGAGCACAGACGAUUCCAGAAGAUUCUCUCUCAACAAAGCAGCGUCACGUGACCACAGUAGCCUACAAAGACGCUGGGCUUAUAUUUGUGUAUACAUUACUCGGUUUGACCCAUUUCCUUUCUGCAAAUGCUCAAGGCUCUCUGCGGGACUGAGACGGCCAGAGAAGGACAGGGAAAGCAGGAGCGAAGAGGGUGAUAUCGAAAGCAUUUGUUUCCUGAAGCAGGCGUCAUUCGUGUCCUCACGCUGGGGAAGUCAAAACGGACACGUCUCAACCCCUCCUGCCCUUUACGUUCUCUAACCUCUCAAGUCCUCCGGAGGAUCCGUCAACGGGCUUCAGUCAUGCACCUGAAAACCAUGAAGUGCAACCCUUUCUGCCUUAUCGCUUCCUUAGAGGAUCUGGAUAUGUUUAACAGACCCGAAGAGAGGGCUAGUUUUGAGGAUCUAUUCCGUGCCUUUGACCGAAAUGUCACCUUCCAGUUCUUCAAGAGUUUCCGUCGGGUGAGGAUAAACUUUACCAAUGCUCUGGCCGCUGCGGAGGCAAGAGCAAAACUCCACAAAAGUGACUUCAACGGCAGGGAGGUGCGACUCUAUUUUGCCCAGUCUGUGCACAUUGGCAGUCCACACCUGGAGCCUCCUAAACCAGAUAAGCAGUUCCUCCUGUCCCCUCCUCCGUCACCUCCUGUGGGUUGGGAGCAGGCAAAGGACGCCACACCUGUCAUUAACUAUGACCUUCUGUGUGCCAUCUCCAGACUAGGGCCAGGUGAAAAGUAUGAGCUCCAGCCAGGAACUCCCACCACUCCCAGCGUGGUUGUUCAUGUUUGCGAGAACGAUCAAGAAAGCUCAGGAAAUGAGGAGGAUAUGGAUGGUUGCAGACGUCCACGUCCAAAAAUCAUCCAGACCCGUCGUCCAGAAUAUACAGUCACGCAGUGAUCCUAGGCAACCUCUCAUUGUGCCAUAAUCUUUGCUUUACUAUCACAAGACCCUCUGGGGGAUCUGCAGAGGCACGCAGUUGGUUCUCCAGACCACUAGAGGACGCCUUAAGACAGAACCUCAUCCCUGUGGAGAGAGACAU